AUGUACGAAGCAGAGGAUGCGAGCGUCGCCGCUCUCAGAAGGGCUGUCUGCGACGCCAUAGCCCGCGGCGCCCUGCUCGACAACCCGGCGCCGCGCGCGGACGAUGCACGCAUCGACCGGACUCUCUACAGGCGAGCGUCCACGCCGCAGGCUCUCUCGCAGCCGCUCUCGUUCUGGGACCAUGACAACUCGGACGAGUCGACCAACGGGGUCGGCCUCCUCGGCGGCCGCAAGAGGGCUUCCUGUGGGUUCUGCUCGCGUGUGCGACAGGCCUUGAAGAGCAAGCUCGUCCUCGCGUGUCUUGCCGCCGCCACGCUCAUCGUCGCCGGGGCCGUCGUUGGGGGGAUCUUUGGAGUCAAGGCAGCAAGCCAGAAGAUUCAGACCCAGGGCGAACCGAAUGGAGGAAGCCCGCAGAACCCGCAGCCAGGACGUCCGCAGCCAGGGAACCCACAGACGGGAAACCCGCAGUCCGGGGCCCUGGCGCACAAUGCAUCGCAGCUCGCCGUGUGGUGCCAGCCGGGCUCCAACGGCACCCCGACCGACCAUGUCAUAGCUUUCCAGGACACGACAGGGACCAUAAUCAUCACCGAGACGUACAAGGGAGCCACCGAGACGUAUCGGCUAGAAAACCAGGUGGCUCGGCUUCCGAAGCCGCUCCUUAGCACGCCGAUUCGGAUCCAACCGUUUGGCGAGGCACCAGACUUGCACAUGUUUUAUCUCGACGACCAGCGGCUCGUCAGGCACGUAACCCGCGUCGGCGGCGGCAACGGCAAAGGCAAGUGGGCGUUGGAUACCGCAUUCUCCACGGACGGCUCCGGCAAGAGCACGCAGAUAUACCUCGCCGAGGGGCGGGCACUCUCCACCGUGACGACACCGAUGAUAAAGGACGGAGACCCGUCUGCCCUGGUCGUGCUGUAUUACGAAAAGGAAAAGAACAACACGCUGGGCAUACUGCGGCGCGAGGCGCCAUUCAACCAAACGCAAUGGACGUUUCAGAGGGCAUAUGUCCAUGAGCCCGCGGCAAAGAGCCUGCAGGGCACGCCUUCGGUGCACUUUGAGCACGAUUCGUCCGGCCUCCAGUCGACGGUUUAUCUGCCAACCUAUCCCACAAAGUUGGCUGGAAACAGCACUGGCAGCAGCACGGAGGCCACAGACGGCACCUUGGUCGAAGCCGUCGUGCCGACGAUCCACAUCCUGUGGGACGUGUCGACGCAGGGCAACGCCGGCGGCAUCGCGCUUGAACACUGCGUUCCGUCCAGCACCACGUGGGAUCAACAGUGCUGGAGCACGACCCUUUCAUAUCUAGGUAAGGCCGCCCAAGGCGUCCCCCGGCCCAGCAUGUCGCUCACCACUCGAGUAGACGAGUACCUGCGAAAAAAGGUCCGAGACGCGCAGAAGCCGCUGCAAAUCGCCGACCUCGACCUCGAGAGCGAGCCCGACAAGGUCAUCUCCGUCACCGGCUUCCUCGACGGCGGCGGGCGGUACUGGGAAAUGUACUGGAAGCAAGAGAACUGCACCGCCGCCAUGGACCUCUCGCCCGAGACGGUGCGCGGCCCGCUCGACGGCCUCGAGUUUUCGAGCUUUGCGUUUAUGCAGGACCUGAUUCUGUUUGCGCUGCGCAACGGCACGCUGCUGCUGCUGCGGAGGGAGUGCUCCUGGUGGACGGGCUUUUGCAAGGACUCCAAGGUGUGGUCGGUCGUUGGGCCGCUGAAUACCGCCUUGUCGAAUAGCGCACAUGUUUAG